UAACAAAAAUAUUUUUGUGUGGAGGAAAAAUAGUGUAAAAAAAUAUAAUAUUUUUACUAAUUUGACACAUUAAUUAUUAACUAAAUAUGAUAGCGGUGUUACGAAAUAAACAUGUUGAUAGUUGCUGCAGAACUUGCUUAAAUGAUAUUUCAAGUAAAUUCUACGAGUUGUUUAACGAGUACCAAAAUUCGAUGACUCUAGCCGAAAUGUUGUUGAUUUGUACUUCAAUAAUGGUAGAGAAAGAAGAUAGGUUACCUAAGAAAUUGUGUAGUAGUUGUUAUAACUGUUUGGUCAGCUUUUAUGACUUUAGAAUUCAAGCUGAAAAUGUGGAGGCAGAGUUGAAACUUUCUCAAGUUGAAAAAAUGAUAGAUGAGAAAUUAAACAACCCAGAAAAAGUUUCAAAAAUUGAAAUCAAAGUGGGUAAUACAAUUAUGGAUGAUAGCUAUGUUACUGAUAAUUUAGAAAAUGAUUUUCACAACCUUGAUAUUGUCAAAGUGGAAAGCCAAGAUUCUUUUAUAGCACAUAUUGACAAUUUUAAUAGUAAUAAUAUAUUACAAGAAAAAACAGACAAUGUAUCUAAUUUAAAUAGUCAUUAUGGAGUGUCUGAAAAAAGUAUUAAAUGCAAAGUUUGUGACAAAAAGUUUAAGAAACUUUCUAAGCUACAGAUUCAUGAAGAAAAACACAAUCGACAAUUGUACUCCUGCAAUUUUUGUUCAGAUACCUUUGUACAAAAAUAUAAAUUAAUUAGACAUUUAAUGAAGCACAGUCAAAAACAUGAGGACACAUCAUCUGAAAUAAACCAAAAUAAUAUAAGCCAAAGUGUAACAUGUGAUAUGUGUUCAGCUAAUUUUAAGUCGGUUCAAUCUUUGUCUGCUCAUAUGAGGGUACACAUUCAGAAGGGAAGAAUUUUGUCUUGCAUGUUCUGUGAUAAAGUAUUUAAAAAGUUAAGCCACCUAAAGAGACAUGAGUUGACUCAUGAAAUCAAUAGACCCUUUAAAUGUGAUACAUGCCCAAAAUCAUUUCAUACUGAAAGUUUAUUAAAUGAUCAUAUGAACAGACACCAUGGUGUAAGACCGCAUGAGUGCCCGUUAUGUAGUAAAUCAUUUUGUAAUAUAUCAAGUUUGACCACCCAUCUCAAAGUACAUACCAAAGAAAAAAUUUAUUUAUGCCCUACUUGUGGUAAGAAAUUUGAUUCUAGCUCAAACUUAGGUCAACACAUGAAGAGACAUGUUGGGCUCAAGUUGUUUUCUUGCGAUUUGUGUCCGAGAUCAUUUGUAACCAAAGGUAAAAAGCAUUGAAAACAUUUAAUUAAUAUUAAAGCAUUUUUUAAUGUAUAUGUAGAAGAAUAAGUUUAUUUGUAUAUUGCAAUAAAUAUUAAAUAGAAGUAGUGUUAAGUACGAGUACUUGUGCUAAAGACAUCAUAAACAACAAAGAAGACACAACAGACAAUAUAGAAAAGUUCAUUUUCUAUGUUGACCCAACUGUAAAUCUAAAAUAGUGACUAGUGAAAUAACUAAUUGUCAUAAACACAUACAGAUAAACAUGACAUGCAUUAGAACAUAGAGUAAGUAAGAAACUUCCGUUAUAAGCAGACAAUGAUGGUAUUUUCUUGUUAAAGGUGAGCUGAAUUCACAUACCACCACACACUUAACAGAGAAGUCUCAUACAUGUGAUCAGUGCGGAGCAUCUUUCACUAGACGCUGCUCACUGAAGAAGCACAAGUUGCGUCACUUAGGAAUUAAACCACAUCAGUGUGAGACUUGUUCUAGAAAGUUUUCAAGUAAAGAUCACCUUAAGCGACAUUAUCGUACCCAUACCGGUGAGAAGCCUUAUCGAUGCGAGAUCUGCGAGCGAGCAUUCGCUCAAAGCAAUGAUCUGGUCAAGCAUAAACGAGCGCAUUUAGGAGACAAAAUGUAUAGAUGCACCCAGUGUUCAGAGAGUUUCCGUCUUAAAAACGAAUUGCGUCAUCAUAUAUCUGAACAUUUCAUUACGUCACGACUUCAAGGUAUCAAUAUGAAUAGCUCAUCUCAAGAUGGCGACGUUAAUCUCGUAAAUGUUGAACAUGAUAUUUUGAAAAAUCCAACCGUUACUGUUGGUAACAUAGACGAUAUAGCGUCCAGUACCAGUAUUCAAGUACAAGAAAAAUGUUUACCUAUAAACGUGAAAUCUAUUUCUGGGGCGGAUUAAUAUUGUUAUAAUAAUUGUACAAUAUUGUAUUAUUAAUAAAAUAUUGAAUGUGGAAGUAUUGAAUAAAACACCUACAAUCAAUGUCAUUAGAUGGCGAUACUAUGUUCGACAAAUUCCUGUCAAUUGUCGACUGGAAACGGAAACAUUAAAAUGGACCAAAGACAAUUAAUAAUGUUCCUUUACAGCGAACAUAGUAUUAGUGAAAUUGCAUUAAAAACAAAACUAAAAUUACCUAAAUUAAAAAACAACGAGCUAAGACUUUACUUUCAUUUCAUCAGAAAGAAAAUUAGAAAACUAUAUCAUAGACACUUUAAUCGAAGACUUCAAAUAGUUUAAAUUGCGUUGUAGCGCCGUAUUUUUUGUUUUUAAGUUUUUUUUAAUACUUCUAUGAUUGCCAUCAGAGGGUUCUUUAAUAUUAAAGACUGA